AUGCUGUCAGACACUCGUCGUUGGUCGGAGAAGUUCGUUAUCAAACAUCCUUGGCAUGAUGUUGUCAGUUCUGUACAAUUUAAAUAUCCCAACCCAUACAAUCCAAACGUACUAAACAUAGAUGUUGUCAAUCGUCAGGUCGAUCUUACCGGUGGUGCUAUGCACAGUUGCAAACUGAUUAACUCUUCAUGGCCCAUGUUUCACAUGGGUCAACUGAAGGCAGUGGAAUAUAGUUGUAUUCAAGUUCAGAACAAACGAAUGGUCUCUGACACAGUAAAUAUCGACUUCCAAGGUGUGCUCAAUGGUACGGAACAUAUGGAGUAUACUGUUCACCCCGAAAACACAGAUUGGACUGUUCUAGAGCAUUCAAUUUCAGUCAAAGCAUUCUCACUUAUUGCAAUGUCAGCUGUGAGUAUGAGUAAACAAAAUGCACAUCAGGGUCGUAAGGCUUUGAACUGGGUUAUUGAUUAUCGUCUUCCAGUAAUCCGUUCAUCUCACAGUGAUCAAUUUAGUGAGCUCACUGGUACCAAUGCUCCUGAACAACGUGAUACACUAUUAUCGAGUCAUGUGCCUUCCUUCUCAAACCCAACUGUUCAAACUGUGGAUUCACCCUUCCAGACAUCCAGACUUGUUACUUUAACCUCACCUGCUCUGUCAUCAUAUCAGAAGUCUUCCAAUUCACCAUUUUUUGCCGACAUUCCUAGACAUAUUCCUUCCAGUCCACAGUUUUCUAAAGAUUUUGUUAUUCAGUCCAAAAACGACCCCCUGGAAUCAACAUUGGAGACACUUUCUCGUGACGUCACAUCUAUUACCGACACCAUAGUUAAACGCUCUCAACGAGUAGCACGUCUUUUUUCCGGAAUUGACGAAUAUGUAGUUAUUCUUUAA